AGUUGUCCGCCAAGUGCAUGACCGCGUACUCUCCGGCGGAUUCGAACGCCGAGGCGCGUCUUCUGUCAGGAGGUUCGGACCCGAUCUCGGAUACUGAAAACCUAUUAGAUCUUGCAUAUGAAGUUGGAACGUCAUCAUCUGAUAAUACUCGAUACGAUAGAGAAAGUGAAAAUGAUGAAGAGGAAAUUGGUGUUGGAUGGGAAGAUACAACAUCUUCGAGUUUAAAUAAAAGAAUGUGCAAAUCAGCGACAUUUCAUGAUUUUUGUGAUGAUUCUGAAUAUUCGAGACGUCCGGUCACGACUUUACACGAAGAAGAUUUUGAUGAAGAAGAAGAGGACGAAUUUGAAGAUGCAAGUGAUCGAAGAAAUCUAGACGAGGAUGAUGUAGAAUAUGAGGAUGAAGAUGAUGAAGAUGAUAUUGUUGUAGAAGAAGAAGAAAUAACACCUGAAGAUAUUGAACAUUCUCCAACAGGAGUUACAACUCAAACAACUCCUCCAUCUAAUAAUACAAGUAAAUCAAAAAAGAAAAAGAAACGAAAAUCAGAUGAAGAAGAUGGGCUUCGAAAAAUGAAGAAAAGCAGUACAUUUGCUUCUUUUCUAAACAUGUUCGUGUCCAGAAGACGUUCCGGAAGGGAUUCUGGUGAGAGACUCAUGUCUCGUAGCACGUGCAUGUUAAGGCCAAGCAUUUCAUUGUCGGUUGUCCAAGAAUCGAUGAUUUUGGGAUCAGAUGGAGAGAGUGUUGAAGUUUCUCCGUGUACUUCUGAUCAAACGCCAACAGGUGUUCCUCCUAGAUACAUUGUGAACGUGAAAAUGCGACAGAAGACAGCUAGAAAGUGGAGUGAGGAGGAAAUCCAAAAGCGACUGUCACUUCCUGCAGAUUUGCGUCUUCCGGUUGCAGUUGUCGACAAGCUUAACAGAACACCAACAUUGGAUCAACCACUGACACGAAAGAAUCGAAGAGCAUCACUCAGUGAAAUUGGCUUUGGAAAAUUAGAGACUUAUGAGAAAUUGGAUAAACUCGGUGAAGGGACGUAUGCUACCGUAUUCCGAGGAAGAUCCAUUUUGACGAACAAGUUUGUGGCACUAAAAGAAAUACGUUUGGAACAAGAGGAGGGAGCACCAUGCACAGCGAUUCGCGAAGUUUCGUUAUUAAGGAAUCUUCGACACGCGAAUGUUGUUACUUUACAUGAUAUCAUUCAUACGGAUCGGUUAUUAACAUUGGUAUUCGAGUACGUGGAUCGUGAUCUGAAGCAAUAUAUGGAUUCAUGUAACAAUGCAAUGCAAAUGAAUAAUAUUCGACUCUUCCUUUACCAACUUCUUCGAGGACUCGCCUACUGUCAUCAACGAAGAGUUCUUCAUAGAGAUUUGAAACCUCAAAACUUGUUGAUUACUGCAAAAGGAGAGCUUAAACUUGCGGAUUUCGGACUGGCACGUGCCAAGUCCGUACCGACAAAGACGUAUUCAAAUGAGGUUGUCACAUUAUGGUAUAGGCCACCAGAUGUUCUUCUUGGUUCCACUGAUUAUUCGACACAUAUUGAUAUGUGGGGUGUUGGGUGUAUAUUGUUUGAGAUGAUUGCUGGAAGAGCUCUUUUCCCAGGUGGUACACCAACAGAGCAACUUGGACUCAUUUUUAGAACACUUGGAUCUCCUCGACCGGAUCGACAUCCGACAAUAUGCGAAAAGCCAACAUUCUAUCCAUACGCUAACAGACAUUACAAUCCAGAUCCACUUUGCCGUCAAAUUCCACGGAUUGAUGCUCACGGAUUCGAAUUGCUCAUGAAAUUCUUACAGUACGAAGGAAAAGAUCGAGUGUCGGCUGCUGAAGCUGUGAAGCAUCCGUUCUUGAGGACGAUCGCUGUGAAGUGUUGCCACCUGCGAGAUGAGCAAUCUGUCCUAGAAGCUGAUGGUAUUCACAUUGAAAGGGAACUUCUGGCAUCAGAUCAUCAUCACAGCUCUCGUCGUCAUCAUCGUGGAACUCUUGUAAAAGAUAAAUAUCGAAUGCAUUCGAGUCAUCACACUUAGAAAUAAUUUUCUCAACAAAAAAAAACAUAUUUAGAAUUAAAUUUGUUUCUUUUUUCCCCAUUUCAUCUCAGAUUGUGUUGCACUUUUACGGGUUCUUGUCAACCAAUUCCGAUUCGUUUCCUCCCAACCAAAAUGUCCUUCCAAUGCGGUCACUUAUAGAUCAAGAUGUUUAUGAAACAUGUUUCCUAAUAAUUUAUUGUGUAAUAUUUUCUCUUCAUAUCCCGAGACUCCAUCAUUCUUCUUAGAAUUUUUCCCGUUGUUUCCCGUAACCAGUAAUAGCGAUUUUCAAAUUUACAUUUUCUGUUCAUAAAUCACACAAAAAUCUACAAAAAAUCAUCUCAUAAUCUCAAUUUGUUCCCAAAAAGCACACAGAACCAUUUUUUUUGCUAUUUAUUUUAGCCGUUAUUCUUAUUGUACACCUGUGAAUAAACAAGCUCUACCCGGAAA